CUGACCCCGUCUGUGUCCGCUCUCUUCCCAGAAGAGGCCGUGAACGAGGUGAAGCGGCAGGCCAUGUCGGAGCUGCAGAAGGCCGUGUCCGAGGCCGAGCGCAAGGCCCACGAGAUGAUCAGCAGCGAGCGCGCCAAGAUGGAGCGGACGGUGGCCGAGGCCAAGCGGCAGGCGGCCGAGGACGCCCUGUCCAUCAUCAACCAGCAGGAGGACUCCAGCGAGGUGAGAGAACAUGGGACCAGAUCACCACCACCAUCAGAAUCCGUCUCUGGAACCAAAGAGAACGGCUUUGAGCGAGACGGCGCCCUGCACCCGGACGUCCACCCCAGCAAACGGCCCUGCACCAUAAGCCCCGCCCAGCGCUUCAGCCCCUCCAACGGCCUCUCCUACCAGCCCAACGGCCUGCCGCACCCCGGCCCCCUCCCCCCCCAGCACUACCGGCUGGACGACAUGGCCAUCGCCCAUCACUACCGCGACACCUACAGACACCCCGCCUCCAACCACCGGGAGAUCCGGGAGAGGGCCAGGCCCAUCGGCAUGCAUGCGGGGACCAGGCAGGAGGAGGUCAUCGACCACCGGCUGACCGACCGGGAAUGGGCUGAGGAGUGGAAGCACCUUGACCAUGUAAGAAAACUGCUGAACUGCAUCAUGGACAUGGUGGAGAAGACGCGGCGCUCGCUGACCGUGCUGCGGCGCUGCCAGGAGGCCGACCGCGAGGAGCUCAACUACUGGAUCCGCCGGAAGCUCCAAGUCGUGGACGUGGCCGGGAACCGGUUGGUCAUGUUCCCCGUGGAGUUUGACCGGUUGCCGCUGCAGGAGUUGCUCUGUGAGGGAAACCCCUUCGUCCGGCGGGAGCCCCGGCCGGCCCGGCCCAGCUUCCAGGUGCUCCCACUAAAGGAGCAGGUUGCCAGGUUUGUCCUGAGGGAGGAUGAGCAGAGGUUCUCUCUGGUGCACCGGGCUCUGGCCCGCCGGGCGGACCUCCGGUUGCUGCUGACCGGCGCCCGGCGCUGCGCCGCCUGCAGGGCGCCGCUCCUCGCCACCUGGCUGGACGCCGUGCGUUUCGUCCAUCUGAAAAAGGACGUGAAGGUGAGGAGUUUGCAGACUAUUCCGGUGCGCGCCCUCCUCUGUUCAUACCGGUGCUUCAGCGGGGACGGACGCCCCUACUAUGGUGUCGAGCAGGUUGCCAGGUUUGUCCUGCGGGAGGAUGAGCAGAGGUUCUCCCUGGUGCACCGGGCUCUGGCCCGCCGGGCGGACCUCCGGUUGCUGCUGACCGGCGCCGGGCGCUGCGCCGCCUGCAGGGCGCCGCUCCUCGCCACCUGGCUGGACGCCGUGCAAUUCGUCCAUCUGAAAAAGGACGUGAAGGUGAGGAGUUUGCAGACUAUUCCGGUGCGGGCCCUCCUCUGUUCAUACCGGUGCUUCAGCGGGGACGGACGCCCCUACUACGGUGUUGUUGCAAAUCAAACACAAACGCAUUAA